AUGUUUGUGGAGGUGUCUGUAAGCGCCCAGGCGUGGUGGCCCGCGCAUGGAACAGACACGCAGGAAGAGUAUCCUUUGCGACGAAUCGAAACUGACUCUCUACGGUUCUACGACACUGAUGAUGUUCUGUUGUUGACAAUACCCCUCAUACUUCUAAUUGAUCAGCCGCGUUUAACGCUAGAGCCCAGUACGAUAGACUUCGGUGAACUCGGCGACGGACGCACCGCUAAGAGCCACUUCACUGUGGCCCACUCUAGCCCUCAAGCCACGUUCGAGGUGGUCAUCAGUAGCAACGACGAGCAGUUCCGCGUGUUCCCGCGCGCGCUUGAACUAGCCCCGGGAGAGACACGGCGCGUGUACGUGCAGUACACUGCGAGAUAUCAAUCCUCUACCGCCCCCGGUAGCGGCACAUAUCACACCAAAGCCAGUAUCGACGUGCGCGCGCGCGCGGGCGCGGGCGGGGGCGGGCGCGGGGGCGGGCGCGCGGGCGGGGGCCGGGGUGGGGGCGCGGGCGCGUGGUGUUGCGGCGCCGUACUGGUGACUGCGCGUGCGCAGCUCUGUGGCGAGCGAGGGGGGCAGCAUGAGGACUAUACAGAUGAUGUGCAUUUAGUACCUGAUGACGUCUGUCAAUUGCUGAAUAUU